UGUUGACCACUAUCUGCUGCCUUGUAAUUGUAUUGUACCAAUAUGUUUGUGAGCUGAAGAACAAUGUUUUCCAUGGCUGAAUCAAGAAAAUCCAAUAUACUUUACAAAAACUUUGAAAGACCUAAUUUUGAUAGAGUAAAUCUGUAAACUAGCUAGUGAGCACUAGUUUUGUUUCAUGUUAAAUGUUUUUUUUUUUAUCUCAUCAAGGAAUCGUUAGAGCUUUUAAACGUGUUUGUUGUUCCAAGCCCCAUGUGUAACAUAUCUGCAUGCAAUAAAAUCCUUUUUUAAAAAACUGAAGUUGUAUCAUUUUGAAUCUAUCAAAUUUGAUAUAAAUUAUUUCAGCUAAGCCUAUGUUUUGAAGAUAGACUUGUCAAUCAUAAAGAAGAUGAGAGAAAAAUAAUUGAAGAUGUAGGGAAGUGGCGUUUAUCUUAAAGUUCUUGUUCAGUAGCAUUAUUACAGUAAGUACAGYCCCUUCUAGAUUUUUGUUUCUCCUCCAAGACUUGGAUGUGGAUGUCCUCUGACUUUCCAUUUUUGAUUGAAUGUUUCAUUAUUUGUUAUUGAUGCAAACUAAUCUAAAGAGGAGAAAUGUAUAUAUUUUUAUAAAUUUGUAGCAAAAAUAUUGUUUAACAUUAAGGUAAAAAUYGAUCCAUUGGUUUUGGAUGGGUUAUGAGGCAGAUUUAUUUACUUUAAAAGUAGUGAACUAAAGUCUAUGAAUGUGGAAACAGUUGACCAAAAGUCCUAAUUGGCAAUAACACAAAUAAUAUUCAGCACUCUGCACAUUUAAAAACCGUUUUUAUUAAUCGGUUUGUCGAAAAGGGGUUUUCAUUUACUGGAUUUUACCCUGAAGCAUUAGCGUUUUAGUUUGUUUGUCCUAGUACGCUUGCCUUAGUGUUUUUAGCUUCUCUGUUGCUACCUAUGUAGCUUCUGUUGGUUUUAACAUCGGUUCAGCUUUAUUACUCCUGUCAUUUUUUGUUAAUAAAAGUUUAAUUUCAAAUAUACAUCCCGUGCUUCGGGACAUUUUUAUUGAAGUUUAUGUUUUUAAUUAGCAGUAGUAGCUUUGACAUUGCACGGUGUGCUGAACAGGAACUUAUUUGGGUGUUUUGAAAAGGAUGGGUAUUUUGUCAACCACAGUGCUCCUCCUUUCUCUGUCUUUGUUAGCGUGUUUACACAGGGAGCUUUUGUUCAGCAAAGAAGGCAGACUCGUUAGGUCAGAUAAUUUUGAUCAUUAUGAAGUCGUGCUACGUAAAAAGCCUGGUUAUUCUUAUCCCARAGAACCAAAGAGCAUUUCAAAGAGUGACAUCCACCCAGAUAUUCUCCAAAGAUCUGGAAAUUCCAGAGAAACUGAAUGCACCGCAGCUCCAGAGAGUCGGUUUGACUGUGGCAGGGACAGGUUGUUGAGCCAAGAGGAGUGUGAGGACAGAGGGUGCUGCUAUGCUCCUCUACCUGGAUCUGCAGGACCACCCUGGUGCUUCUACCCUGCCCAGUACCCAGGCUAUAACAUGGGACCCCUCACCCCCAGUGAGAAGGGUCAGACUGCAACCCUGACCCGGGCCAGCCCUUCCUAUCUCCCCAAAGAUAUCUCCACUCUGAGCCUGGAAGUCAUAGCGGAAACUGCAAGCUGCUUUCACGUUGUUUUAAAGGAUCCAUCCUCUCAGCGAUAUGAAGUCCCCCUCCCAGCUGGUAGCUUUCAGACAGAAGCAUAUACCCAGGACGUUCUCUACACAACCGAAUUCCUGCACAAUCCUUUUGGUUUCAUAGUGCGACGCAAGUCCAAUGGAAGGGUUCUUAUGAACACCACAGUUGCUCCCUUGCUGUUUGCUGACCAGUACCUGCAGCUGUCCACCUCUCUGGCCUCCUCCUUGGUGUCCGGUCUUGGAGAACAUUACACCUCUCUCGUCCUGGACCUCAACUGGACAUCAUGGACUCUUUGGAACAGAGACAUGGCACCGCAUGCUGACGCUAACCUCUACGGCUCCCAUCCAUUCUACAUAGUGCAGGAAGACGACGGCUUAGCACAUGGAGUUUUUCUUCUCAACAGCAAUGCAAUCGAAGUGAUACUACAGCCAACACCAGCUCUCACAUGGGUAUCCACUGGUGGAAUCCUGGAUCUGUACAUUUUCUUGGGUCCUGACCCUCAAAGUGUGAUACGACAAUACCUGCAGGUCAUUGGGUUUCCCAUGAUGCCUCCUUAUUGGUCUCUGGGCUUUCAUCUUUGUCGCUGGGGUUACACAACUACUAAUGCAACCCGCAUGGUUGCACAACGCAUGCAUAGUGCAAACUUUCCUAUGGAUGUGCAGUGGAAUGACCUGGACUAUGCAGACAAGCGAAKGGUGUUCACCUUUGACCCUGUGCGAUUUGGGGAUCUUCCAGAGAUGGUCCAGGAGUUUCAUAAGAAAGGCAUGAAGUACAUCCUCAUUCUGGAUCCGGGCAUUAGCAGCACCAGCCCCCCUGGAACAUACCCGCCUUUUGAAAAUGGUGUGAAACGAGAUGUGUUUAUUAGGAAUGCAACUGGAGACAUUCUGAUAGGCAAGGUUUGGCCCGGCCCAACAGCAUUUCCUGACUUCACCAACCCCGAGGCCAGGCAGUGGUGGGAGGACUGCAUCAGAGACUUCUUCUCUAAAGUUCCUGUAGAUGGUCUGUGGAUUGAUAUGAAUGAACCGUCCAGUUUUGUCCAGGGAUCAGUGGUGGGCUGCCCUGACAGCGAGCUYGAGAAACCACCAUACACACCUAGGGUGGUUGGAGGCCAAUUGAACUCGGGAACCAUAUGCAUGUCGGCACAGCAGCAGCUGUCCAGUCAUUACAACCUGCACAAUCUGUACGGAUUGACUGAAGCUUAUGCAACGCACAGCGCUCUCAUGAACAUUCAGGGGAAGAGACCCUUUGUUUUGUCUCGCUCCUCGUUCCCUGGCAUCGGGCGGUUUUCUGGAGUGUGGACAGGAGAUGUGAGGAGUGACUGGGAGCAACUUCGGUUCUCCAUCCCUGCCGUGCUGCAGUUCAGCCUGUUGGGAGUCCCCCUGGUGGGAGCGGACAUAUGCGGCUUUGAAGGCAACACCAACGAGGAGUUGUGUGUGCGAUGGAUGCAGCUUGGCGCCUUUUACCCGUUUAUGAGGAACCACAAUGACAAGCCCAAUGCCCCUCAGGAGCCGUUUGUAUUUGGGCAGAAGGCCCAAGCAGCCAUGCGGAGUGCGUUGAACCUUCGCUACUCCCUUCUCCCGUUCCUCUAUACACUCUUCCAUCGCGCGCACACAUCUGCUGACACUGUAGCUAGGCCCCUCUUCAUGGAGUUUCCCACCGACCCUCAUUGUCAGACUAUAGACCAACAGUUCCUGUGGGGGAGUUCACUUCUCAUCAGUCCUGUUUUAGAGCAAGGAGCAGUAGAGCUGAGCGCGUACCUACCAGCUGGCACUUGGUACCAACUGGACAAUGGUCAGCCGUUCCACAGUAACGGUCAGUACGUCCAGCUAUCGGCCCCUCUGGAAACAAUCAAUGUUCACGUGAGGGAGGGGCACAUCAUCCCCCAGCAGGAACCUGCUUUAACCACCGCGGYUUCACGUGAAAACCGUUUCUUCCUGACGGUGGCGCUGUCCAGUGGUGGCUGGGCACGGGGGGAGUUGUUCUGGGAUGACGGAGACAGCCUUAGAACUUUUGAAACUCAAAAUUAUUGUUAUGUUAACUUCACUGCUGGACAGUCGCAGAUAAUUAGCGACCCUCUCAACCUCAACGGGGCCUUGGCCAGUCUUCGUCUGGGAGGCCUCCAGGUGUUUGGAGUGCCUUCUCAACCUCUUUAUGUCUUGGCUAAUGGAGAGAAAGUUAUAGACUUUACGUAUAAAACUGACACAAAGGUCCUAACGGUGACUCGUCUGGCCUUGCCUAUGUCAAAGACAUUUACAGUCCAGUGGGUUCUAUGAUGAACCAGAUUCAUCCUAUUCUUUGCCUUUGCCCUGUGCUGCUAAAAUGAUCAGCUGCAUUAUUCUGUCAUCACACCAGCAGAAUUUUUUUUUUAAAGCCUUGGAAUGAGCAGCCAUUUGGUUUAGAUUUUUUAAAAUCAGGAUCAGUUAGUGAUGUAUAAAAAGAGUUUUGUAAAUAUUGCUUUGUAAAUAGUGUUUGUAAAAUAUGCACAAAAAAUAGAAUUUUUUAUCUUGUAAUUUUACCUUUUGACCUUGAUAAGAUGCUGCAUUUGCUUGCUGAUAACACUUUAUUACUCCUCAAAGUCAAGUCGUUCCACCGCAAGAUGAAUUACUAAAAAUAAAUCUAUAUGAAAAAAAAAAUUCAAAUUACAAAUUACUAAGAGAAUUGGCCCUCACAGAAUUGAUGGAUUUAUAAAUUUCAUAGUAUCAGAGUAAAGUCAGAUUAAUCCAAAUACAUGCCACUCUUUCAUCCUCUUCUUUGAGCUGUUGUAGUAAACAAAAUCCUACUGAAAUUUAAGAUUAUAAAGUGAAGAUUUCUGAAAAAAUAUCCCUCGUUAUGCAUAUGUUUUGCAGGGCGCUGUUGUAUUUUGUUGUCAGACACCGGUUUUAAACAGGCAGCUGAAGACGGCAGACGUGUGAUGAUGCUCUGAAUCCAGCUCUGGUCCUGAUGGUGGACCAACUGAAUCUCAGCACUCAUCAGAGACCUUUAAAACGUAACUUGCAUGACAAAAGAUCUAAAAUCCAUCAUAAAAUCCCAAAUUUCCAGUUAUGUGUCAGUAAUACUACGUGCCGGAAGUAGCUAUAUAUGCGGAGUGAUUGGUUAGGGGCUGUGACGUGAAGUCAAGACAUUGAAGAGGCAAAGAUAUUUCAGGAAGUAAAAACCAUUGUAUUUUAUAUUAAAGUGUCAAGCGUGUUUCAAAUAUAAAUGCAUAUGACUUCUUUAAGGUCAUUUUACUUUGAAAGUCCAGAGCGGAAGUGUAUACUUUUGCCAUUGAAACAGCAGCAGUUAGGCGUGCGGCGGAGGCUCAUACAGUGAUAAACCUCUGCGAUAAAAAAAGAAAAA